CUUUUGGCUCGCGGCGGCGGCUCGCUCUGCCUUGUGAUAUCACUGCCGGAGCUCAAAUCCCGCUUAGCGUUCCCUUCCUCACGCCGUCUGUCUACGCUGGCGGAGGUGGAAUCUUUCCGCAGGAGGCGGGCAGCUCCCUUGAGGAGGCGAGGUUGGAGGAGACGGGGACAGGGUCGAUGUGAAGACCAGUGUGAGGAGCGGAACGAAGGAAGGAGGCCCAGUAUGAAAUUAGUCGCUGCUUAUUACGUGCUGCCUCUCUUUCCUGCUCUGGUCUUUGGCACUAGACAGGGCUAUGAAGAACUGGAAAGACAGCUGAACGAAGUCUUUAAGGAAAGGAGCAACAUACUUCAUCAACUGUUAAAGACUUCUAAAGAACUUCAGGGAAUUAAAGUAAACCUCCAGUCUUUAAAAAAUGAUGAAGCGUCAACCAAAAAUGAUGUGCAGAAACUUCUGGAACUGGGCCAAAACCAAAGGGAAAUGAAAUCUCUCCAGGAAGCCUUCCAAAAGCAGCUUAAUGAGGCAGCUGAGAAAGCAGAGAAGCAACAGGCUACUAUUAACUUUUUGAAGACUGAAAUGGAAAGGAAGAGCAAAAUGAUACGAGACCUCCAAAACGAGAACAAAAGCCUCAAAAACAAGCUCUUGUCAGGAAACAAGCUUUGUGGUAUUCAUGCAGAAGAGUCAAAAAAGAUCCAAGCCCAGCUGAAAGAGUUUCAUUAUGGGAAAAAGGAUUUGAUUUUUAAGGCACAACAGCUAACAGAUCUGGAGCAAAAACUAUCAGUUGCAAAAGACAAAUUGGAAAAUGCAGCCCUUGACAAAGAGUCACAGCUGAAAGCUCUGAAGGAGACUGUGCAGCUUUGCUUGUCUUCUGUUCUGCGCAAUCAGCCUCCAACAAUGAAUCUAAUCUCUUCAAAACCCCCUGAUAAGCUGAAUUCCUCAAAUACAAAGAGCUCCAAAGUUCCAUUUCAAGUGACAAGUACCAAGGUAUGGCAAAAUGUCUCAGCAGAGAAAGAGAAUUUUCAUGUGGUCUUGAAAAAAGAAGAAAAUCAAAGCACCCAGGAGUGUGAUUCUCAAGAUGUUGCCAAGACAUGUUUGGGGAAUCAUAAUGAUUCAACAUCUCGUUUGAAAGCACCAGAAACAGAGACAAACUUUCAGAAGCUGCACAGCCCUCCAUGGACUAAACCUGAAGAUAAAAAAUCACAUGAAAAAAAUGAGAAAAAAUAUGAAAAAUCAGUUAGUACACAAGAAAACAAACUCUAAAUGCUACUAAUCUGCAUUGAAAAAUGCCAGUCAUUUCCAUCCUCAUGUUAUGUUAGCAUAAAGGCAUGAAAUGUCCCAGGUUUCUAAAGCAUGCAUUUUUCACUGUUUUAUGAAUGUCUGUAAAUUAGUCUAGAACACACCAAUUAGUACCUUACAGCAAUAAUCAGAAAUAGAUGUCUGAAGAAAUGCUUUUUAAUUCAGUCCAGUUUUUGAACUCUUGUUCUACCUUAUCAGUAAUUGUAUACUAUAAAUUACUUUCUUUGUAAACAGUCACUCUCAAGUAUUCUGUCAGUCUGUUUAAUUUAAUGUAAUUUGGUGGCAGAUUAAGUUUUAAGAUUAAAGGGCAGUCAGUGUGUGGGGGGAAAAUAUCUGUGUAACCAUAUUUGAAGUACAGUCCUUAAGUGCAACUGUAAAAGGAGAGCUGUGCGCGGGGGUCCAUGUAUACUUACCUUUUAGUAAUUUCCUUUCAAAUCUACUUACACAAUAAAAUAUUUUAUUUUGUUCUUUUUUCUCCUCACUGCUAUAUUAACUAGUCCACUUUUGAACACUGAAGAGCUGACAGAAUUGGAGUUUAAGGGAUAGAAAUAGAGAGGAUCAUUACAAAUUGCAAGUGGUACUGAGUUAUAGUUUCUUAACUUGGAUGGCAGCCAUAGGAAGUCAGUUUCAUUCCUUAUAUUUGUGCUGAUCUCAACAGGAUAAAAUAGAGACUACUUUAAGGGGUAAAGCCCUAUUUUGUCCACUGCCGUUGGCCUUUGAUCACUCCAUCAGGAAGGAGCAUAUUGAUUGGAGUAAGCUCUGUCACUCAUGGAUUCUUUCAGUUUCUCCUUAGUCGCAUACUGUAUGACAAGAAAGCAGAAAGAAAGGGAGGAGAAGGAAGAGAGAAUGUUUUCCUUGUUUGUGUGUAUGUCAUUAUUGGUCUAAUUUAAGAAUUCAUAUGCCAUAUCUUGUUGAGAUGCACAUCAUUCAAGAAGAGUAGGAAAAGCAAAUUGCCUGAUGCAAUGCUAUGCUAUCCUUAGAAAGAAGUAUUUUAAAGCAGUUGUAACUUGUAAACUUCCAGCUUUGUCUUAAUGCACACAGCAGCACAUUUUUUACUAGAUUUAAACUAGUUAUAAUAAUUUACCUUUUGUUGCUUUGUAUCAAUUUAAAUGCAAAUAGACAAAUCCUUUAUUUCACUUAGUGGUAUUCUGUCUUCAGUUUUAGCAUUUAAGAUUUUACCUCUCCUUCAGCAGUCUCCUUCAAUACCCACCUUUUCCUUGCUGGUAUGAAUAAUCUUUCAUCCUGACUUUGAGCACUUUGAAUAUGCUCCUCUACUCAAAGGUAGAUAGUUGCAGACUGGUAGGUUUCUCUGCCUUGAGAAAAUACAGUUUUAAAAAGAAGAAAACCUCAUGAGCUGGCCAAAUGAUGACAAACUACAGCUUAAGACUUCAUUUUAAGGGUCAAAAGAAAUGGAAUCGUGGCCACAAAAUUAAUCAGAAAAGAGAUGGGGCUUUUUGCCUCUGAUCCUAAAUCUUGCUGAAGACAGUCUGCUGUCUUUCAAAAUUUGGAGCAAGAGACUUGUGAUCUUGUCAUAUCUACAGCUGGCAUGAAUUUCUAGUGAUUCCAAAAGUGACAUUGGUUUGCAUAUGACACACCUUAACUGAAAAGGUCACGAAACUCUGUUUCAGUCAUCUGUCAAGAAAGGAUCUCCACUGGACACUGGUUGAAAGCCUCCAGCAGGACGAAAGCCUGUGAGCACAAUGUUUCCUGUAGCUUUAGAAAGAAGCCUUUGUUAAUAGGAUUCCCUUCAUCAGGCAGCCUGUAGUAGAUACCAACUACAUGGAUCCUUUGCUGCAUUGAUCAGAUUCUUACCUACAGGCUUUUGACUUGCUCGUGGCUGUUCUUCAAGGACAGCUCACAUUGAAUCAAUUUCUUGAUGUAGAGGGCAAUGUCUCCAUCUCCUUCUUCCCCUAUAUCUUCUGAACAGGCUGUAGCUAUCAGUAGUGAUACUCCAGUCAUGGGAUUCAAUCCACCAAGUUUCAGUAAUGCAACAAGGUCAUAAUUUUCUAGCAGCACAGUGGUUUCCAGGUCCUCCUGUUUGUUGCCCAUGCUGUAUGCGUUGAUAUAAAGGCACCUCAGAUUGCCUGCCGGCCACUUCACCUUCCCAAAGGAACACCCCUCUUCUUCCUUUGAUGUAAUUUUCUGGUGUUUUCCAUGUCAUCUUUUAUUACCUUAGGAGUCCCCAGCUUGUCCCCAUAAGACUGCAAGUGCAUUCCAGUGUGGCUCACUACAAAAUCAUUGGGGUGGGCUGUCAAUUUUAACCCCAAUACUUUCUUGUCCCCGCAGGGCACAUCUCUCCCAUGCUGGUUUUAUUGCCUUUCCCCUUCAAAGCUAUCCCUCUCAAUCAGCCCUGCCAACUCAAGAACAUCAUCCUUUUUCUCCUUUUAAACAGGUGAACCCCAUCUCUCUCCAUCAGGUUUGAUGCUAUAUAAAUCACUCCAUGAUCGAAAAAACUCCAAAUUCCACCAAUGGCACCAGUCUCUAAGCCACACAUUGAUCAUGCAGAUUCUCCCGUUCCUUUUGGCAUUCUUCCUUGCUACUAAAAGUCUUGAGGAAAACACCACCUGUGCUCUUACUCCUUCAACCAGUCACCCCAAUGCUCUGAAAUUCUUUUUGAUUCUGCUAGGAUUUGAUUGCAUUCUUUCAUCAACCUUGUCACUGCCAACCUGGACAACAAGCAGUGGGAAAUAAUCAGAGGGCUGAAUCAUUCCAGGGAGUUUCCUGGUAAACCCCUUACCCACACCCAAGGGAGGCAGCAGAAUUCCCUGUCAGAUGGCAUACGUGGCCCCCAGUUCCCCUCAGAAGGGAGUAGCCCAAUACAACUACCCUUUAUUAUUUCUUAACAGUUGAAAUUGUGAUCCAUCUGGCUGACUGACCUAUUCCAGAUAAACCCCCAGACAGACCUUCUUCUCCAAUAUCAUCUGCCUGACCCUCAUGUUCAGAGCCUCAUACCUGCAGUGUAAGGGUACUUGGGAAGGUAAGAGAGGCUGGGAGGGGAUUCUCCUACCUCCAUGAGCAGGGACCUUUUCCAUUCCCCUCAUGUUUUAGGUCCCCUCCUUCUGCCUGAUGGCGAGAGGAUCAGGGCUCACACAACUCUUGCUGAGCUUUGAAGAGGGUGACUCCAUGUCGUGGUUUUAAACCAGUAACUAACAAAAAAAUUGCUUAUUUCUUGCCAUGAGAUAUGGAUUAGAACAAGAGCAAAACAGGCAUAAAACUUAAAAGGAAUAAAGAAAGUUUAUUAACAAACUACAAUAAUAAGAACACCAGAAUAAACUUCCAGAAAACUUCUUUUUAUCCUUUACUACCCACCAUUCCUUUGUUCACAUGACAACAGAGACAAAAACUUUAGAACUUUGAUGGUUUAAACAGUCCCAAUUCCUUCUACUAUCUUUUCAACAGUCUUUGUAGAGAAACAGAAGUUUCUUUCUGUUAAUUUAUGGAGUUUCUCACAAGAAAACUAUUUUUGUUAUAGUUUUCCUUUUCCCUGAUAUCAGCUGCUCAGAGCUGCUGUUAUCAGAGCUCACUCCUCCCAUUCCACAUCACUCUGAGGUGUGUAUGGGCCAAGAGUCUAGGGAUGGCAUUUUAAGGAUGAGUUAUUCAAAAGCAAAAGUCUUCUUCAACUGUUUUUGUGAGCUUCACCAGAAAACAGUUUUUCUCAUUGCCCCCCCAAGGCUUCAAAUUUUCGCUUUACUGUUUCCAGCACUUCACUAUAUCACAACCACUCUACUUUUUACUCAAAUUUACACUUUGAACACUCUAUUCCUCCCCAUACUCUGUCAUGAAUUAAAGGAGUUCUUUUCAGGACUUCAUUGUCCAUCUCCAUAGUUUUAACAGAAAAAUAUUUCAUCUUAAUUAAAGCAUCUUCUUAAUUCUCUACCUUUCCUGAAGCUUCUUUUCUUUCUUGUCACUGGUAGUUUAUAAAGUCUCUUUUCAUGUUGAUCACUCUCCUUUUCUCUCUCUCUGGAUAAAAAGAUUAAUCUGCAAGUCUCAUCUGGGUAAUGAAAGAGUUAAAAUCUUGCCCAGGUUUUUGUAGAUAGUUCUGUAGCCUCGGCUGGUGCAGGAGCUGGAGCCGUCUGCGAUGGAAAGUUCCUCAUGGCUGCUCUGGAGAGUGUAGUCGCCGCCCCAGCCCGCUGAAGGUCCAGAGCCUCUCUCCUUCUUCACUCAGCAGUUUCUAGUGAAUUUAGUUACAGCAAAGCCUGCAGCUGAGCCAGAGAUCGGCCCUGCCCGGCCCGGCCAGAGCCUGGGGAAAGCAGGCCUGCAUCUCCCGGCCGGGAGACGCGGCAGGCCCAGCCCGGCCCCCACCCGGCCGCAUGGCCUGGGCAGGGAACGGGAGGCCUGGAGCUCCGCCACCCUUCACAGCCAGGAAAACAAAGAGCACAAGAGGACUCUGGUUUUACACUUUAAGGUAGGGUUCACAAGUUGAUCCCCCUUUUCAAUGGUUAAAAUUGCUGUCAAUUCCCAGUAAUGGCCAAUAAUUGGUCAGGAGAAGAUACUCCUUUCAGUCCCCAGCAACUUCAACUUCCUUAAAGGUAAAGUAACCCCAUGACACUCCACCAGUCUAUUUCACUUUCUUACUCCCUGAUACUCCUCAGCCUGAUUAAACUGGGAUUCAUUAUAAAUGGCAAUAUAGUUAUUGUCUUUCAUAUUUAUGUAUUGGCUUUUGCAAGUUAUUAUUGAUCACAAAGAUUCUGAUAUAGUACAAUUUGUAAUCCCUUUUAACUGCUUUUUGAUAUAGUAUAAUCUGUCAGAUUUUGUAUACACCCUAUAGCUUAUAUAAAUAGUGUGAUAAAUAUAUUAUAGCUUAGACCUUCACAUAGUAUUAAAAUAGAGACUGUGUGCUGUUAAAUACUUUAAUUUGUGUAACUAACUCAGAUAAUGGUGUGAAAUAGCUAUAGUGGUUCAAUGUAUUUAUGGACUAUCUCACCUGAAUGAUAACAGUGACAAGAACCAGAACACCAAGAGAAAAAUUUACUACUUACUCUCCAGUUAUCAGGAAGUGUCAAAACAACAGAAUGGAGCCUUGAGAAGAAAUUAAAUACAUUGAUUGAAUCUACAGGAUGAUAUGUAGACAAGUCAAAGGUCAAAACCAAGCAAAAGAAUUCACAGAAUAUGUAAACCCACAGGAAUGUUUGAAUACGUAUAACCCUCAUUAAUAUGUAUUUAGCCAAUGUAAUGAAUAAUAUACAUGAAAAUUGUUUUAAGUUAACAGGCUACUUUUGGCAGUUUGCCAGGCACCCCAAGACUGGAUAUUGUUUCUUUUUACUUUUAUUAAACUUUAAAAAAAAAUAUUAUACAAUGA